AUGGGCGUCGCUUUGUCUUCAAAGGUUGUAACAGGCUCAGAGAGACGUGCUCGGCCAGAGCUUGUUCAGCCAGGUGAUCGCGAGUGGGUUACCGUUAUCCAGAGCAUCUGCGCCGCUGGCUAUGAGAGCCAUCUCAACCAGGAGUUCAAGGACUAUUGCCUAGAGAACUAA